UUUUUCACACGCGCACUCGCAAGACAUGGCCCCCCAGAACGCAUUGGUUCCCCCGGCCUUGCAGGGUGGGCGCUGUUCUUCCCGAGUCGAUCGCGCGGCAGCUCUGGAUCUCCUAGGAGCUUCGGGGGCCUCCUCGGGCGACCUCGUCGCCGACAGGGUGUCCUGCGGCGGGAGCGUGGGCGACUGGAACAAGCCGGCCCGGACGAAUUGGCGUGCUCUGCAGCCAUCAGGGUACCACGAUGAGUCAUACGAAGGUACUCUGGGAGGCGGAGGAGGAGGAGGAGGAUGAGGGAUGGAGGAGGGGCCCACGGGCGGAGCGGCCAGCGGCCUGCGCAAGAGAGGGCGGAGGGUGCGCCGUGGCACACCGAUGGAGGCGCGAGGAGGCCGACGCUGAGCAGAGCAACGAUUUGGGCGCCCGAGUUAUCCGGGGUGACUCGGAUGAUGCGGGGCUCUGAACGAUGCUGCGCCGCCGCACUCUUGGCAGUCGCGGCGCGGAUGCGGUCGACGCCACCCCUCCCCGAGAGGAGGGCAGCGCAUGCAGGCGGAGGAGGCGAACGGAGGGCCAGAAGAAUACGCCACAAAGCAUGUAAGCCUCCGCUGGCCGCUAACGCGCGCACCACGUGGGCCUCGCCCCCCCCGUGGCGCUGCCAUCACAGCCUCCCUGUGCCUGUGGCGCCAAGCAGGUGCUCCGGUCCGCGCAGUAGCUCGAGAGAGAGCAAGCGCUGCAGCCUCCGUAACAGCACCGUCCCGGGGACGCAGUCGCAGGUGCAGGGGUUGGGCUCGGCGCUGGUGCUGGCGUUGGUGCAGGAGUGCUGGUGCCGACGUCUGGGCAGCGCAGCCCACCGUUUCUGGAAGCAUCGGUCUCCCACUCGACAAAGCCUGUCACCAGCCAGCACUUGCGCGGCGCCCACCACUCGGGGGAGUUCGUAACCCACGCCACGCAAGUGUCGCAUGACCCGCACAGAGCUUGACAUUCACCGUCGGAGGACACAGCACUCCCAGAGUAGUCCGAAGAACCGCACGUGCCUGACCACGCCCCCGGGACGAUAUCCUGACCGUGUCGCACAGCACAUGGAUCUUGCGUAGGCACGGAAGCAGGAGUUGGCGCCGGCGUGGGCGUGGGCGACGGCGUCGGCGCAGGCGUGGGCGCUGGUGUCGGUGCCGGCGUUGGCGCAAGGGUCGGCACUGGCGUCGGGGAAGGAGUUGGCGUCGGCGUUGGCGUCGGCGCUGGCGUUGGCGCAGGCGUGGGCGAUGGCGUGGGCGAUGGCGUCGGCACAGACGUGGGCGCUGACGUCGGGGAAGGAGUUGGCGCAGGUGUGGGCGACAACGUGGGCGUUGGCGUCGGCGUUGGCGUCGGCGCUGGCGUUGGCGCAGGCGUGGGCGAUGGCGUGGGCGAUGGCGUCGGCGCAGACGUGGGCGAUGACGUCGGGGAAGGUGUUGGUGCAGGUGUGGGCGACAACGUGGGCGUUGGCGUCGGCGUUGGCGUCGGUGCUGGCGUUGGCGCAGGCGUGGGCGAUGGCGUUAGUACCGUCGUGGGAGCUGACGUCGGCGCAGGUGUUGGUGCAGCUGUGGUCGCAAGCGUGGGCGUUGCCGUCGGCACCUGCGUGGGAGCAGGUGUGGGCACGAGGGUCGGCGCAAUUGUUGGUGCUGGUGUUGGAACGGGGGUCGGGCUUGGCGUCUGUGCUGGUGUUGGGGCGGGAGUUGUCGCGGGCGUCGGCGGCACAGCAGUAGGUGUAAGCGUACCGCUCGGACCGCACCAGACUCCCUCGCACGUCAGCGCACAUAAUGCCUCGUUGUUCUCGCAUCCAGCAUCGAUGGCGGUCGCCGAAUUGCACCACUCUUGCAAGAAGCCCCAUGGGCAGCCGCAUUCUUUGAUGUAGCACUUGCCCACCUCAGGCAAUGUUGAGUUACCUCCUGCGCUUGUCGGGGCAACCGUUGGCACCUGCGUAGGCGCGGGCGCCAGCGUCGGCGCGGGUGUGGGCUCGAAGGUCGGCGCAUUUGUUGGUGCUGGUGUCGGAACCGGGGUCGGGCUUGGCGUCUGUGCUGGUGUUGGGGCGGGAGUUGUCGCGGGCGUCGGCGGCACAGCAGUAGGUGCAAGCGUACCGCUCGGACCGCACCAGACUCCCUCGCAAGUCAGCACGCAUAAAGCCUCGUUGUUCUCGCAUCCAGCAUCGAUGGCGGUCGCCGAAUUGCACCACUCUUGCAAGAAGCUCCAUGGGCAGCCGCAUUCUUUGAUGUAGCACUUGCCCACCUCAGGCAAUGUUGAGUUACCUCCUGCGCUUGUCGGGGCAACCGUUGGCACCUGCGUAGGCGCGGGCGCCAGCGUCGGCGCGGGUGUGGGCUCGAAGGUCGGCGCAUUUGUUGGUGCUGGUGUCGGAACCGGGGUCGGGCUUGGCGUCUGUGCUGGUGUUGGGGCGGGAGUUGUCGCGGGCGUCGGCGGCACAGCAGUAGGUGCAAGCGUACCGCUCGGACCGCACCAGACUCCCUCGCAAGUCAGCACGCAUAAAGCCUCGUUGUUCUCGCAUCCAGCAUCGAUGGCGGUCGCCGAAUUGCACCACUCUUGCAAGAAGCCCCAUGGGCAGCCGCAUUCUUUGAUGUAGCACUUGCCCACCUCAGGCAAUGUUGAGUUACCUCCUGCGCUUGUCGGGGCAACCGUCGGGGCCGUCGUCGGCGCAGGUGGGGACGUGGGGCCCACCGACGGACUCGUCGGCGCAGCACCACUCGACGAGUCGGCGCACCAGAUGCCGUUGCAACUCUCCUCGCAGAAGUCCUGGCUGGCGGCGCAACCCUGGUUCACGGCGGUGCCCUCGUUGCACCAAGACUGCAAGAAACUACCAGGGCAACCGCAAUCUUCAAUGUCCCACCUGCCCGCCUCGGGCGCCUCUGAG